AUGAGCACAAGUAUCGUCGACGUAUCCAGCAAACUUGGAGAAUACAUGAUAAAAGGCUGGGUGUUAACAGACACAACAUGCCCGUCCCCGGCGUGUUGCGGUGUUCCUCUCAUGAGGUCACCUAACAAUGGAUCACCGGUAACUCACCUUUGCGUGAAUUGCAAUGGUCCUCAACAAUCUACAUCGACGCAGUCUAAUUCUUCAUCAACAAAUUCAUCGUCAACUCAUGAAUCUAAUUCGCGACCAUCAACUCCUCCUACAGAGCUAUCCAGCGCUUUGAGCUCCCCAACGUUUGCCCCUCCCAUUGACACCGAAGAGAUAAUCCGCAGGCGGCAACAAUCUGACCAAGCAUCUGCAGAGAUUGGGAAGCGUCUUUUGAAGGGAUGGGCGAUGCUUGGUGAAGAAUGUCCGAACAUCAGGUGUUACGGCGUACCUCUUGUAAGACCUCCAAAAGGCGGAGAGGAGAGAGAUCCUCGCAAGGAAUGCGUUGUUUGUGGGACGGUCUACGUUACUGAUGUCUCUGAAGGGUGGCAGCGCCUUGUCCCAGCUCCACCUGCAAUUGGAACAGGAUCCAGCUCGGGGGCUGGAAACUCUAUGUCAAGUGCUCCGAUGACAUUGGGCUCUCGUGACAAAGGAAAAGCAGUGAUGCGCAAUAUACCUUCACAGCAUGCAAGUGUUCCGUCUACCAAUGCGUAUUACCCUGCUCAGGCACUCAAGCUGUCUUUGGAUGCUAUCUCACAAAGACUUGCGCAGAUCUGCGAAACCGCAAAUCAAAUGGACGUGGCAUCUAUUGCAUCAGCUGCAGAUGCCAUCAACAAGGUUGCACAGGCUUUGUCCCAAGUAAGGCAGCUAGGAGAACAUGAUUAAAUUUAUGUGGUCGCCCCUGUUUGAUGGUAGAUCUGUUUCACCUAUUACUGUGACUUUUAUCGUUCCCACCACAAUACUAUUUAGUGGAAAUGAGAAUAUUUAUUCUCCUCCAGAUGAUAUGUUAGUUCGACGUUGCUUCCGAAAGCUCACAGUUGACUACCGGAUUAUUGCGGGUUUCUCACCGUCCCCCGUGUUAUCGUUGGAGAUUACUAGUAUUACUUCUAAACACAGUACACGAAUUUGACAUGCUGUAGAAGCACCGAAGAAGCUUGUUUACUCAUGGCGGCCUCAUGUGCCAGCAUGCUGCCAUAAAUUCCCAAGCCUUUGUCCGUUCUAACAUCAGCUCUCAAACGUAUCUGUCACGAUGCCAUUCAACAUGUUCAAGGGAUUCGGAGGCCGCAAUCCCAACAAUCA